GAUCGCAAAGCUGGGCGCCCAACCCCAUUCUGGGGGCAGACCACCGAGACUCUCAGGAGUCUGGUCCAAGUGCACCCCAGAGGUCAAGUGGAAGGCUGGUGGGGGGACGCGGCACAGACAGACUCCAACCUUGCGGAUCCCUGCGGUGGAGUCAGGGAGAUGGGACCAAUGGAGGUUCAGAGUAGAAGAGAAAAGGGGUGGAGGAGAAGAUGAAGAGCAGCCAGAGAAGUGGGGAGUGGAUACAGGGAGUGGGUGCAGAAGCCGGGGGAAGGAAGGAGAUUUGAAAGGAGGGGCCAAGAAUGGUGUCAGGUGCUGGCCAGAGGGCUGUUAGAUAGAAACUGGGACAGCCCAUGCGCACCGGUGACCCUAACAUUGAGACCUUGGGGAGAUGGUUUCAGAGACUCAAGGGAGGAAUUCUCUGCAUAGACAGUCUUUCCUACAAUUUCUGUUUAAGUGUGGAGAGAGUGUAGAUGCGGGAGAGGACUUUGGGGAAACGGUGGAAUGUGUGGUUAGAGCACAGGCUCUGAGUUCAGGAAUCCCCACGCACCAUCUGUGGGACCCUGGGCAAGUCACUUAACUGGUUUGUAAAAUGGGAUGAUGAAGACAGUCCCUGCCUCAAAGGGGUCAUAUGAUUAGGUGAGGUGGUUAGAAGUACUUAACACAGCACUAAAGUGCUGCACCUGGUAUUUCUCCCUUUUAUUACUGGAACAGCUUGGGGACAUCUUGAUGCUGAUAGGGAAGAUCUGGUAGAGAGGGAGGCAUUGAGGACAGAGGAGAAAGAAAGGAGACCAGGGAGAAAGGGACCCAGAACCUGGUUGUGGAGAUAGGUGUCAGUCUAUACCACAGGAAGGGGAAGAAGGAAUGCAGGGAGGUUUACAGGUUUGGGGUAUGUGGUUAAGGGAGUGCCUUUCUGAUAGGCCUCCUCUGAAGUAGGCCUCAAGGUCAUCUGCUAAGAGGCCCAGGCCACAGCUGGCCCAGGUGGGGGUGGGCAUCCCAGUUUAUACCUGCAGCAGUAGGGGGCUAUGUCCUCUUUGCCAGCUGCCCGAGUAUCACUCCAGGGAAUGGGGGCAGUUGAAUUUUUCUAGGGGCAGAGGACAUCUGGCCUGCCUUGCCUACUUACAAGGCUCAAGUGAAGCUGAUGGAUGUGGAAACACUUUGGAAGCAUAAUUUACCAUUUUAAUUCUUUUCUUUGAUCUUGAGGAGGAGGAAGGGCUGUGGCCGUUAUUGGGAUACAAUGUCAGAGCCUUCCAAGCACUUGGCUUGGGCCGUGCACCAUGUGAGGCUUCCGCCCACCCCCUCCCUUGGUCACCACAACAGUCAGAUGUUUUUAUCAAGACCCACUGUGAGGAAGUGACUUUCACCUCGGAGAAGCUCUGGCCAGGACACAGCUAAAGCGCCUGGAACUUGUGUUUUUGGACCUGUGUCCAGAACCUUGGGGAUUUCCACCAGGGCAUCGAGCACCCCCACUGAGAAUUCUAGGCUCUCUCAAGGUCCCAGGGAACACAGAGGAGCCCCCAGCUGUGACUCUCUGCCGAUGUCCCCAGGGAGGAGGAGGAGGAGGAGGAGGAGGAAGCCAGCAGCUGCCCAAGAAUGACUGGACACUCCUAAAGCCUUCUGUCACCAUCCAGGGGAUUUUUUGCACCACAAAGGGUAAUUCCUGCCCCAUCCCUGCUGUGACUCAGCUGUGACGUUGAACCACACAAGCCUACGAAGAGAUAAAGUCAUCAGACUCCUGCUCGCCAGACAGAACUCACCUCUCCCCUCAGCAGCUUCCACAGCUUCCACAGCUGGUCUCCUCCCCACAGUUGCAUAGACCGGGAGCCCCUGGCCAACCUGGUACCCCAGGAUGGCCUCUGGCCCAGCCAGCAGCCCCCGCCCGGCCCCAGAUGAGAACGAGUUUCCCUUUGGGUGCCCCCCCACCGCCUGCCAGGACCCACCAGAGCCCAGGGUCCCCUGCUGUGCCGCCUGUCUCUCUGGGAACCUGAGGACCAGCGAGGACCGGAUCUGUCCAAAAUGCAGAGGGGACGGCCCCCAGUCUGUAAGCCCAGGAAGCCUUCAGUCUCAGGAGAAGGAUCACCCUGAGGCGGCUGAGGCUGAAGCUGGGUGCCCCUUUGCUAGUGUUGGCUGCUCCUACAAGGGGAGCCCAAAGCUCCUGCAGGAGCAUGAAGUCACCUCCCAGACCGCCCACCUGAACCUGCUGUUGGGGUUCCUGAAGCAGUGGAAGGCCCAGCAGGACGUGGGCCUGGGGUCCGGGCCCAGGGCCCUGGAGCAGAAUCUGUCAGACCUCCAGCUGCAGGCGGCCGUGGAGGUGGCGGGGGACCUGGAAGUGGACUGCUACCGGGCGCCCCACGCCGAGAGCCAGGACGAGCAGGCCCUGAAACACUUCAUGAAGGAGAAGCUCCUGGCUGAGCUGGAGGGGAAGCUGCGUGUGUUCGAGAACAUCGUCGCCGUCCUCAACAAGGAGGUGGAGGCCUCCCACCUGGCUUUGGCCACCUCCAUCCACCAGAGCCAGCUCGACCGCGAGCACAUCCUGAGCUUGGAAGAGCGGGUGCUGGAGCUGCAGCAGACGCUAGCUCAGAAAGACCAGGCCCUGGGCAAGCUGGAGCAGGGCCUCCGCCUCAUGGAGGAGGCCUCCUUUGAUGGCACCUUCCUCUGGAAGAUCACCAAUGUCACCAGGCGCUGCCACGAAUCAGCCUGUGGCAGGACCGUCAGCCUCUUCUCCCCAGCUUUCUACACGGCCAAGUACGGCUACAAGCUGUGUCUGCGCCUCUACCUGAAUGGGGACGGGACAGGGAAGAGGACCCACCUGUCGCUCUUCAUCGUGAUCAUGAGAGGGGAGUACGAUGCUCUGCUGCCCUGGCCUUUCCGGAACAAGGUCACCUUCAUGCUGCUGGACCAGAACAACCGCGAGCACGCCAUCGAUGCCUUCCGGCCCGACCUGAGCUCUGCGUCCUUCCAGCGGCCCCAGAAUGAGACCAACGUGGCCAGCGGCUGCCCACUCUUCUUCCCCCUCAACAGGCUGCAGUCACCCAAGCAUGCCUACGUGAAGGACGACACCAUGUUCCUCAAGUGCAUCGUGGAGACAAGUACUUAGGGCAGGGAGGGCCGUGCCAGCCAUCCCCGACCCCCGAGGGAGCACCAGAGUAUGCUGCAGGGUUUGUAAGCUGACUGAGGGCCUGUCCAUGGCGCCCAAGAUCCCAGGCACCAUGCUGGGCUGGGCCGGCAUGAUCUGAGCAGGACUGACAGAUGGACCGUGGCUCGCCCUCAGCUUUGGUGGUGGCGGGGCCCUGGGCUGGGCCACAAAGGUCCGGAAGGAGGCAGUAGAUUGUUGUCUUCUGCACCGACCACAGUGAUGCUUGAAGCCUGGGAGCCCCUCCAGCCCUGCAUGUUGAAGCAGCCUGUGACCGGGACUGGGAGGGAAGAGGGACCGGGGCUGGGGCAGGGAUGCUGAGCAUGGGGAGGAGAAGAGAAGCUCUCUGAGCAAAGCAGCUCUCUGCACGGCAUGGUCCCUGUGCUGGAGUGGGGAGGGUGGGGCAGCAUCAGGUUGGGACCUGGGUUCGAAGACCUUGAGGUUCCUUUCUGCCCAGAAAGUCUCCAGGUCUGGGCCUCCUGGUACAGGAGGGGCCUAGGGCUGCAGGGGAGCUAGAAACAUUCAGGAGCCUCGUGGCCUCCAGGUUCCUCCACCCCCUUCCCUGCCCCCACGUGGCCAAGCUGGCCCACCCCACACCUGCCGUCCGGAAUCUGGCAGCUCCGCUCCCCAGCGUGCUCCCCUGUGUGGGCCCCUGUGUGGGCCUCCGCUGGCAGGACCCCCUUCGCCUCUUGUAGGUGAAACCAGGUCCCUCAGCUCCCGGGAGCAGCCAGAAGAGAGGGGGAGGAGGAGGGGGUCAGAAACCCUCUGCUCUCCCUCCCUCGGAGGCCCCGCCUUCAGCGCUUUCCUGAAUCACAUGUCACCUAAUUAACUGGGUAUUUCUUUCUUUCAGUUGACUGUUUGGGGCCUCUGAGGCACUGAGCAGAGCUUGUCCUUUUAAAUAAGUAUAAAACCAAAGAAAGAGAUUGUUUUGAUUUCUGUUG